GUUUAACGGUCUGGUAGCACUGCAUUGUAUACUAGAAAAAAAUGGAACUGGGACUAACAGCGAAAAAAUCAUAUAAAUAAGGAAAAAAUCAAUUAAAAGUGGUUAAUUGGUCAGGAUUAGUGCCUCAAAUAUAAUUCACUAUAUCAGAUACUUAAGGAUCAGUGAAAGAGCCCGAACUGAACUCCAUCAGACUAGUGAAAAAGUGCAAAAUAAACAUUAGCCCAGGGGAGAGUCUUCCGAAAAUACACAUAUUUUUCUAUCCCAAAAAUACCACACGGAGCGUAUUGGAUCAACAAUGGCCACCAGCGAGAUCUCUAGCUCGAAUGAGCGACACUACUACGCUAAAUUAGAGGCCAUUAAGGACAUACGGGAUAAGACCCUGUCUCUGGAAAAGCUCAAGGUGCGCAUCAUCAAGGAAGUGAAGCUGAGCGAUGACGAAGAGAAGUGUUUGGAGGAAUACCGCAAGGAGAUGGAGCACCUGCUUGAGGAAAAGAUGUCGCAUGUGGAGGAGCUGCGACAGAUCCAUGCGGACAUCAACGACAUGGAAAACAUCAUCAAACAGACGAAGGAGAACCAAACGCGCUCCUUCGACAUGGCCAACCGGGUGUACGAAGAGUACUUGGCGCUUAAGUACCAGAUCGAUCAUAUGCGACGGGACUAUCUUGGACUCAGUCCCCUGAGGGAUCUCCAUGAGGAAGAAGGCAGUCCCAUUUCAAAGGAUCGCUUCCAGACGAACUUCCUGAAGGUUGCCGCCCAAUCAGCGGCAGCAGCAGCUGCAGCUGCGGCGGCGGCAGCCUCGGUUAACCAGACAUCAUCGCUGGCUCGUCCGCAUGCCCGUCAUCCCUUGAUGCCGGAAGCCACGGUGACCGCCUUGCCAUCAGCCGGUGGCCAGGGAGGCGUCGGUGGUGGUGGCGGAGCAGGCGGUGGCGGUGGAUCCGUUGGCGGAGGAGGAGCGGGCGGCGGGAAUCCAGGACACGCCUUUAUGCCGCCUGCACCGCCAGGAGCGGGCAGUGCUGCUGCUGCCGCUGCUGCAGCCGCUGCUGCAGUCCGUCUGGGCAAGGGCGAUUUCUCAGCACCACCACCGCCGCCACCGCCAAGUAAUCGACUCCAACAAUCGCCGUCCAUCGGCAUCGGCCAUCAUCCCUCGUUCCGGUCCGACUUCAAUGUGAAUCUCCGCCAGCAGCCGCCGCCGAUGAAGUCCUGUCUGUCAUGCCACCAGCAGAUCCACCGGAAUGCGCCUAUUUGUCCGCUCUGCAAGGCCAAGUCACGAUCGCGCAAUCCCAAGAAGCCCAAAAAGAAGAACAAUUAAGUGGCGACCGUUCAAAACCAGCAACUACACUCAUCUUCAGUCCGGAGCUGGUCCCGGAAAGUUAGCUCUUAAACGGAUAUGUGUUUUUUUUGUCUCAUAUAUUUAUUAAUCCUAAAAGAAAGUAUUACAACACACAGUAUGCAGGUGUGAUGAUUUUCACGAGAUUUCUAAAGUUUUGAACUCUGAAUAUUAAUUUUAUACAUCUAAUACUUGUCACAAAACAUUAAAACACUCAAAUGUAUGUUUUAAAAUCUCCAAAUAGAGUUUCAUAACACGUCUGCCAUCAACAAUUUCUCAUAACAAUUUUAGUUGGUGUUAUCCCAAUAAAUUUGAUUUUUAUUUUUUACUUUAAUAAUAGGCUAAGAUUAUUAUAAAAGCUCAAAUAAUGUGUCAAAUUAUCAAAAAAAAAAAAAAAAACAUUCUUUUUAUACAUGUAAGCCAUGCAAAAUAUGCAAGUAUGCCAUAUUAAGCGAACACACAAAAACCGAAAAUCAAUAAAAAUAUUUCAUUUUUA